CUCAAAAAUUGAAGGAAAAAAGUUAUUGUUAAAGAGACGAUAAAGGAGAGGAGAUGGCGACGGCGGUGGUGAAGAGCGCUUUGCAGGCGAUCCGUGAGAGAGGUCUCCGUACUUUCUUGAGGGACCUCAAGGAUGAAGGCUUCACGAAAUGCUUCUUCGAUGGAAACCUUCUGCAAACCAAAAUCCAUGGCAUAGGAGCAACACUUGUGGGUAUUGAUAAAUUCGGCAAUAAGUACUAUGAGAAGCUUGGAGAUACACAAAUUGGAAGACACAGGUGGGUUGAAUAUGCGAAAAAGGAUCGUUAUGACGCUUCUCAGGUACCACCGGAAUGGCAUGGCUGGCUUCACUGCAUAACUGAUCACACCGGUGAUGAGCUUUUGAUGCUAAAACCCAAGAGGUACGGGGCUGAGCACAAGGAAAACUUAUCUAGCAAAGGUAGUGAGUUUGUCUACCAUUCAAAAGGGCAUGCGCUUAAUCCGGGCCAGAGAGACUGGACAAGUUACCAGUCAUGGCAACCAACCAAGACAGAGUAGUCUGAGAAACCAAUCUCUUGAGUUUGCGAGUUCUGGGAUGCUUGACUUUGUUUUUGAUGAAUAAUAUAUUAUAUUCGUCUUAAAGAAUAGCUCUUGUGCAGGCAAGAAACUGCAAGCUAUCAACUGAUAUUUGGAUGUUGUCAAUAAAUUUCAGAUCAUCUGAUAUUGUUGAUUUC